AUGGUCCGGUUCGAUGCGCCAUAUCCAGGCAACGAGGACACAAAAAACACCGAAUGGUCCCAGGCUGCUCAUUCGGGCAUGCGCAGCCCUGAUCAUCUCUGGGGGGAAUACUGGCAGCGCUUCAAUACGUUUCGCAUCCCAAUCUUUGACAAAGUCGAAUAUUUCAGAAUCGCCAUGGCGGUAGCAAAGGAUUCCACGAGUAAGGAAGAUUUUGAGCGGAAAUUCGAGCAAGUGAACGAGCGACGACUUCGAGAACUCCAGUCCUUGUUGAGCAGGAUGUACUGGAAUAUUGAGAGGAGCUCCACACCUCGCGCCGCUCAUAUCGAAACUUCUGAUGCGAACACCCUCGGCUGCCUCGAGCACUUUGUCAGAGUAUUAAAUGGCUAUGUCUUCGAACAGAAAGCGGAUAUGGAACCUACAAAAAUAGUCGUGGAGGCACAUAACUCUACAGAAGAACACCCUCUUCAAGAAACAGAGCAAAUAUUCAUGGAAGAUGAGACGGAGACUCUUAUUAGGGAGAUAAGCCGAAGCCCCUCUGCCGACCCCGAAUAUGAAGAAUAUCUCCGUACUGGAAAGCUUCCUGAAGAGGAUGAGUGGAGCUCUCAGCUUCCUCAUGAUAUAGACUGGAGUUAUGAGAUUCAAAAGGAACAUCAGGCUGGGCGAAAGCGCUACGAGGAGAACAAUACCUUCAUAAGAACAAAUUUCGAUACUUUGACACCCACAUCUAACGCUGCCGAGUCUCAUACCCUCGAUUCCGACGACGAUACCCCUUCGAUGCAGCAGGUUCCAUCGCUCAUAUCAAACGACUCACAGGACUUGGAGGAGGAAAAUGAGACUGCGGCGACACAAGAUGGGCUGGGAAGGCGAUCAAGUACUUCAUCUAAAAGAAGUUCGAAUUCGGCUAAGAAGAGGGUCCGAUUUGACGACGACGAUGAAGACAUCAGCACCCAUGAGCCUAAACGUCGAAGACUAGAGAAUACUCUUGCACAAACCGAAACCUCUCCGACCUCCCGCACUACUCGCGCCUCUUCUCCUACAAGACAAGUCGCAGACGGCAGCGUAUCACGGAAAAGAUGCAGGCCUGACGAAGACGAAGAAGAUAAUGGAUAUAAGCGCCAGAAAAUAGAGAGUCCGCCACGCCCAUCAUAUUCUGCUCCGCUUACUAGCUCUACGGAAGAUGGAUCAGCAAGUCUUUUAGCUCGGGGAAGUUCAGAAAAAUUACUGGAAGGGCAAGCUCCGGAAAGCAACAAGGGCGGGGGCAAACGGCGAAAGCAAAAGUCCACAUCACCAAAUCCGCGCGCAAAAUCUUUUCGAAAUACUCUAAACACAAGGUCUUCGAGGAGAGCCAAAUCAUCUACGCUUUGGGAACUGGAUUCCUCGGGCAAGCCACGUACGACCUAG